UCGUCAGAGGAUAUCGAUAGCGCAUAAUAAUUUAGAGUAUUCUUAUAGCGUCUCUUUUGUCGGCUUAUUCCAUAUCGCUUUCUCUCGCUCUAUCUUUCGCGGUACUCGCGUUCAUCGCUCUCUCUCUCUCUCCCACCCACGCGUUCUAUUCGUCGCGGUCCAUCGCGCGCUCUCGCUUGCUCUCGAUAUUUGGAAAAAAGGUAUAUGAAAUUAAAAAAAUGGAAUAUACGUUUACUAAAUUUUUUAAGUAAACGUUUCAUUUCUCUCGAUCUAGCGCCGGUAUCUCGGCUGCUUUUACAUAAAAAGAUGCCGAACCACAAUGCUUGGAAGUUACCGAAUGUGGUUAGUGUAAAAAAUGUAUGCACCAUUGUUAUCGUCAGACCUGGCUCGAAACUGUUUCCAGAUGUUACUAUUGAAAUGAUUUUUUGACAACAUAUCAUCCCAAACUACAAUACUUGGAAUGCAUCUAUGCGCAGAACGUACGCACCAUUGUUAUUGUUAGACCUGACUUGAAAUUGCUUUCACAUGUUACUACUGGUCUACUUAACAAUAAUCACUACUGGAUCAGCUACGUAUCAGGUCAAAGGAUUUUUCAUUGUUAUAAAAAAGGUUUUGCGUUUUUACGAAAAACUCUAUGUUUCCCAGCUCUUGGUCUGUCGAUUUUUUCAGUAGCUUGCCAAGAUGUUCAGGCUAAACAUCUCCUAUCCUGCGGAAGGCGUAAGUGCAAGUUUUUUAUGUGCGGUAAAGUGAAUUUAAUAAAUAUUAAAUAUUAAAUAUUUUUAUAUUUUUUUCCAGUGCAUCUAUGUGGGUGAAACGCCGGUGCAACGCAUCGAUUUUCAUAACGAGAUGCGUAUAGAAAUUCCGCAUCCGGGUCCUCCAAUGAACAUUUCAUUAGGGGGAUUGACAUCGGUGCGCGGGCCUGUAAACCAACAGCGUGGGAUCUGGCCUUGGAAUAUCCGCAUACGCGGAUUUCUCAAUAUAGAUGCAAUGACGAUAAAGCGAGCGGAGCGUAAAGCCAACCGCUACUAUAAUGACGGCUUGAUCGAUCGAGCCAUUGGCGCGUACGGAACCGCUGAUGUUCUCGGUUUAAGGCGGCUCUUCGACAUGCCGCCUUUAAUCGGCGACGAUUAUGAAGAUUACUGGCCGUAAUAUUCAUCUUAUUUUCAAAAAU